UUCUCCCUUCCCUGGUUUCCGAGCACAUAUAGGUUCCGGAUCCCACCACAAAUUGAAACAACAGCAGCUAGCGAAUACUGACUGCCGCUCGAGCUCUGCCAUGAAAAGUCGCCACUAUUUUCGCCACAAGAAUUUCGCCCGAAAAUCUAGCACUGUGAGGCUGUGCUGCCUGCUGGUGCCGCCGGGCAGGUCAAAGAGUUCCGUUGCCGGUGAAAAUGAAAAUAAUCCAAUCGAAACUGGUGUAGCACACGGCUCUCUUGUCCUCUAGUGACGAGUGGAUGGCAUGUUGGCUGUAGCCUGUAGGUUAGGCUUUUGAUGACAAAUUUGAUAGAAACAUGCCUCAAAGUUCAAACUACUGUUGAGAAGCGAAAUAACCGAGAUUUCCAAGUCCGUUCAAGAGUCUAUUUCCAACUGCUUCGUGCUUUCCCAGGUCCUCCAUUUCACCCCCAUCGCCGUGCACCGGCACCAGCGCGGGCGCGCCUCGCCGCCCCCACCGCCGUAUCAACGCACGAGGAUGCUGCCGCACGCGCCAUCCCGAACCUCGGGGGCCCUCAGGUUCAAACCGCACCUCCCCACCAAGCCGCCGCUCCUCACCUCUUCCUCCACCGCCACCCCCGCCUCUGCCUCCGCCUCCACGCGCGGCCGCCUCUGCGCCGCCGCCGCCGCCGCCGCCACACGCCGGGACCUCCUCGUCCUCGUCCCCUCGCUAGUCGCAGCGUCCACCGUCCUCCAGUCCCUUCCCCUCGCCGCCUCCGCCGCGGCAGGCGAUGACAAGCCGGCCCCACCGACGCCGGCUCAGGCGCAGGCGCCCGCCUCUCCGGCCUCGCCUCCGCCUCCGCCUCCAGCGGACGAGCCUGCUCUGUCGAGGGUAUACGACGCCACGGUCAUUGGGGAGCCCCAGGCCGUCGGGAAGGAAGCGCGGCGGAGGGUGUGGGAGAAGCUGAUUGCGGCCCGGGUGGUGUACCUCGGUGAGUCCGAGCUCGUGCCCGACCGCGACGACAGGGUGCUCGAGCUCGAGAUCGUCAGGAAGCUCGCGGCCGGCUGCGCCGAGGCCGGGAGGAGCAUCUCCCUCGCGCUCGAGGCCUUUCCCUGCGACCUCCAGGAGCAGCUCAAUCGGUUCAUGGAUGGCAGAAUUGAUGGCAAUACCUUAAGGCUUUAUACAUCUCACUGGGCACCAGAGCGAUGGCAGGAGUAUGAACCACUUCUGAAUUACUGCCGUGAUAAUGGAAUAAAGCUUGUUGCAUGUGGGACUCCACUUGAGGUGGUAAGAACUGUGCAAGCAGAAGGAAUUAGAAGCCUUUCAAAAGCUCAAAGAAAGCUUUAUGCUCCUCCAGCUGGCUCAGGCUUCGUUUCUGGCUUUACAUCCAUCUCAGGUCGAUCAUUGAUAGACAAAAUUUCAUCAACUCGUGGUUCCCCUUUUGGCCCAAGCUCAUAUUUAUCAGCACAGGCAAGAGUAGUCGAUGAUUAUACCAUGUCCCAGACAAUAAUGAAAGAAAUUAGUAAUGGAGAUCCUUCAGGAAUGCUCGUUGUUGUAACUGGUGCGAGUCAUGUAAUGUAUGGGCCACGAGGAAUUGGCGUUCCUGCUAGGAUAUCUAAAAAGAUGCAAAAGAAAAAUCAAGUUGUGAUACUUCUUGAUCCUGAGAGGCAAAGUAUAAGGAGAGAAGGUGAAAUCCCUGUAGCUGAUUUCUUAUGGUACUCUGCUGCCAAGCCAUGCAGUCGGAAUUGCUUUGAUCGUGCUGAAAUUGCUAGAGUUAUGAAUGCUGCUGGCAGGAGGCGUGAAGCUUUACCUCAGGAUCUUCAGAAAGGAAUAGAUCUUGGUGUAGUUUCUCCUGAGAUAUUGCAGAACUUCUUUGACCUCGAGAAAUACCCUGUCAUGGCUGAACUGAUUCACCGUUUCCAAGGUUUUCGUGAAAGGUUGCUAGCAGACCCCAAGUUUCUGAAUAGAUUAGCUAUUGAAGAGGCCAUAUCAAUAACUACCACUCUUCUAGCACAAUAUGAAAAACGAAAAGGACGUUUUUUUGAAGAGAUCGACUAUGUUCUCACUGAUACAAUUAGGGGUUCUGUUGUUGACUUCUUUACAGUGUGGCUUCCUGCACCUACAAUUUCACUCUUAUCUUUUGCCGACGAUGGCUCUGGUGAGAGUGUGGAGCUUCUGAAAGGAAUUUUAGGAUCACUGCCAGAUAAUGCAUUUCAAAAGGGUAUUGUUGGGCAGAACUGGAACAUUAACCAGAGGUUUGCAUCGGUGCUUAUGGGUGGUCUAAAACUUGCUGGAGUUGGAUUCAUUUCUAGUAUUGGAGCUGGAGUUGCUUCAGAUGUCUUAUAUGGUGCCCGUCGGAUUCUUAAACCUUCUGCAAAUAUGGAAGUGGGGCGCAAAAGAUCUCCGAUCUGGAAAUCAGCAGCUGUUUAUAGUUGCUUCCUUGGAACAUCAGCAAACCUGCGAUAUCAGGUCAUAGCUGGUCUGAUUGAGCAUCGGCUAGGAGAGAAUCUGAUGGCCUACUAUGACCAGCCACUUAUUGCUAACCUGUUGUCCUUUGUUUCAAGGACAGUUAACUCAUACUGGGGAACACAGAAGAAUUUACAGACUCUUUCUUAUAGCAUAGGACCAAAGACUGUAGAAUAAGCAAUGGAUCGAUCUUGCACGAGUUACAGGCGUGCAAAGAACUAACAAAGAGCUGCCUUCUCCUGAGGUUUCGAGCGCAUCUGAAAUGCCACUGCUAGAAUGUGGCACGGCAGAGGUACAGAAUGCGGACGACAGCAGUAACCAGUCAAAUGACUUGACAUAAGUUAUCGCGCAGUGGCCAUACAAAACACAGAGCAGCUUCCUUCCAUGGCACACCGUAUACUAGACAAACCGUACAUGCAUAUAAAUGGGACUGUCUUCUUAGAGCCAGGCUGUGAAGCUUAGCCAUCGCGUCAUGUGGAGAGACGAAUCUGAAAUCCUGAAGAGUAAAGCUUUUGAAGACUUUCGACUUGUUAUGAUCACAGCCAUUUUUACACACCAUCAUGGGGUGAAUACCGUUUGUACAUUCAUAGAGGAGACGGCCGAAGAAUUCUUUGGAGCACGUACAGCAUUUUACACGUGAAAUUUGUUCAGAAAACAUUACUGGAGAUUGUCACAUGGCAAAAAGGAUCAGGAUCGUUGCUUGUGAAUUGUGAUGCACCUUGUAUGCAAUGCACUUGAAUCCAGAGUGCACGUGUGAUUUUAUUGUCUGAACGAACCGUGCGACGGCCUGAUGUUUCCUGUGGUAUUGCUGUGGUGUGAUCAAACUA